CAAUUAAUGCUGACCCUGUUGCUCUAUAAAUAAUUUAAAAGCAGCUCAAAUGGAAAAGACCUUGGGUAUAGUCUGGUUGUAGAAGGAUGGAAGGAGAUAUCAGCGAGAAGCUGCUAGCAGGAACAGAGAAUACUGAGGUCGAGGAAGUGAGAUUUAGAGAAAAGUUAUGGACAGAGACAAAGACGAUGUGGGUUGUGGCUGGCCCUGCAAUUUUCACCAGGUUUUCUACCUUUGGUGUUACUGUAAUCAGUCAAGCCUUUGCUGGUCACAUUGGUGCUACUGAGCUCGCUGCUUAUUCCCUUUGUUUCACUGUCCUUUUGAGGUUCGGCAAUGGUGUUCUGCUGGGCAUGGCCAGUGCGUUGGAAACUCUGUGUGGUCAAGCAUUUGGAGCAAAACAAUACCAUAUGCUUGGGAUAUACCUUCAAAGAUCAUGGCUAGUUUUGUUUAUGACUGCAUUCUGUCUUCUUCCUCUAUAUAUUUUUGCUACCCCACUUCUGAUUGCAUUAGGCCAGGAUGAGAAAAUAGCGGAAGUGGCAGGAUAUGUCAGUAAUUGGUUUAUCUUUGUUGUGUUUUCUUUCAUCGUAUCCUUCACCUGCCAAAUGUUCCUGCAAGCACAGAGCAAGAAUAUGAUUAUUGCAUACUUGGCAGCAUUCUCUAUAGGAAUCCAUAUCUUUCUUUCAUGGCUUUUGGCUAUGAAAUUAAACUUCGGGCUCACAGGAGCAAUGUUAUCUACGGUUUUGGCCUAUUGGCUACCAAAUAUAGGUCAGAUUUUGUUUGUUACAUGUGGAGGGUGCAAGGAUACAUGGAAGGGUUUCUCAAUGUUAGCUUUCAAGGAUCUCUGGCCAGUUGUAAAGCUAUCUUUGUCAUCUGGUGCUAUGCUUUGUCUUGAGCUCUGGUACAACACAAUCUUGGUACUUCUAACUGGAAAUCUGAAAAAUGCUCAGGUCGCAAUUGAUGCUCUUGCCAUCUGCCUGAACAUUAAUGGAUGGGAAAUGAUGAUAUCCCUUGGUUUCUUGGCUGCAGCAAGUGUUAGGGUGUCAAAUGAGCUUGGAAGAGGAAGCUCCAAAGCUGCCAAGUUCUCAAUUAUGACGACAACUCUUACAUCACUUGCUAUCGGAUUUGUGCUAUUUGUGCUAUUUUUGAUUCUUAGAGGACGUCUAGCAUACAUAUUCACUGAAAGCGAAGAGGUGGCUAGUGCAGUUGCAGAUUUAUCUCCACUAUUGGCUUGCUCCAUACUUCUAAACAGUGUUCAACCUGUGCUCUCUGGAGUUGCUGUUGGUGCUGGAUGGCAGGGCAUUGUAGCAUGGGUUAACAUAGCUUCCUACUAUCUCGUUGGCAUUCCAAUUGGUGUUGUGCUUGGAUACGUACUCGACAUGGAAGUCAAGGGUGUUUGGAUUGGCAUGUUGCUAGGAACACUCCUUCAAACUGUUGUACUUGUUGUCAUAACCUGGAAAACCGACUGGGAUAAACAGGUGAUCUUAGCUCGUACCCGUGUUAAUAAGUGGUUCGUACCAGAAUCCAAAGAAGAAAGUAGCAACACAGAAAAUGGUGCCUGAGGAGAAAGCUUCUUUUCUUCCUAGCGGAUUUAGAUUUUUGUUGCUAUCAUUUCUCGAAGCCAGUGACUGAUUCACUGCUGGGAAUUUGAUUAACUAUUUUUGGAACUCAUUGCUGUCGACUAUACAUAUGGUUGGUAUAUGAUCUUUUGCUUAAAAAGCAAGAUUUAAAUC